GAUGUAAGCACCACCAUUGAAGCACACUCCAAGCUCAAAUGGAUUCCUUUUACCUUCUCCUCCUCCUCAUUCCAGUUCUCUCUCUGUUACUUCUCAAAGGAAGAAACAACUAUUCCAAGGGACUCAAACUUCCUCCCUCCCCUCCUGGUCUCCCUAUCAUAGGCAAUCUCCACCAAGUAGGUAGCUUACCUUUCAGAUCAACAACAGAGCUAGCUAAGAAAUAUGGCCCUGUCAUGCUCUUACGCCUGGGCUUUGCUCCAACAGUGUUCGUCUCAUCACCAGAGAUGGCAAGAGAGGUCCUGAAGCACCAAGACGCCCAAAUGUGCAACAGGGUUCGUCUCGAAGGACCUAGAAAAGUUUCCUAUGAUUUCAGAGAUAUUGCUUUCACUCCCUACGGUGAAUGGUGGAGAGAGGUUCGCAAGAUCUGUAAUCUCGAGCUUUUAAGCCCUAAAGCAGUUCAAUCUUACCUUUAUGUGAGAGAAGAAGAGAUUUCCAAUCUCAUGAAUUUGCUUGCUGAAGCUGCUUCAACUCCUGUUGAUGUCUCUGAGAAGGUUUUUAAACUCACAGAUGCCAUCAUUUGCAGGAUUGCUUUCGGGAAAUCUUACAAAUCCAGGGGAUUCGAUAGUGGCAGAUUUGCAGAAGCAGUUCAUGAUGCUAUGUCUGCUAUGAGCAAUUUUGCUGCUUCAGAUUUCUUCCCAUAUUUUGGAUGGAUCAUAGAUAAUCUUACUGGACACACAGCAACUAUCGACAGGGUUUUCCGCAAUUUGGAUUCUUUCUUUGAUAUGGCUAUUGAAGAUCAUCUUGAUCCCAAUAGAGUGAAACCAGAUCGCGAAGACAUCAUCGAUGUCUUGCUUCGAUUGGAGAGGGAUCAGUUCAGUCGCAUUCGCAUCACCAAAGAUCAUAUCAAGGGUGUUCUCAAGGAUAUGUUCUUGGGUGCAGUAGAUACAAGUGCUAUAACCAUGACAUGGACGAUGACACAGCUUGCUAGGCAUCCUAAAGUGCUGAAAAAGGUUCAGGAUGAGCUCAGGUCUUACAUUGGAAGUAAAGGGAAAGUGGAAGAGAGUGACAUAGAAAAUCUUCCUUACUUCAGGGCAGUAGUGAAGGAAUCAUGGAGGUUGCAUCCACCAGUCCCUAUUUUAAUUGCUAGAGAAACAAUGGCUGAUUGCAAGCUAGAUGGGUAUGACAUUCCCAACAAGAUGAGGCUUCAUGUUAACAUUUUUGCAGUGAAUAGAGAUCCAAGGUACUGGAAGAACCCAGAUGAGUUUGACCCAGAGAGGUUCAUGGAGAAUCCACUUGAUGUGAAGGGGCACAGCUUUGAGUUCUUGCCAUUUGGAUCAGGUAGGAGGAUUUGCCCGGGAAUGAAUAUGGGAAUAGCUAAUGUGGAGCUUGCUCUAGCAAAUCUUCUUUACACCUUUGACUGGAAACUGCCCAAUGGGACAACAAUUGAAGAUAUCAAUAUGGAUGAGUUGUUCCCUCUUACUCUCAACAAGAAGACACCUCUUAUGUUAGUGCCCAUACCCUAUCACUGGCAGAAGGCCUGAGGCCCUGUCUAGUACCGAGGGUUUUCUUCUAUAAUUUAAACUUUUCUUUUUCUCCUUUUCUGGAGCUUGACCGUGGAGGCUAAGGCUCCCUUUGGCUGUUUGGGUUCCUUUUUUUUCUUUUUUUUUUUUCAAAUAGUGUCACCUACUUUCUAUAAUUUGUUUUUAUUUUCCCCUCAUCUUUACUCUAAAUAGAAUAAUGUGGAGAAUGUAAUGUAAUUUGUUGAAUUAUCAUUAUGAGGUUUUUCUUGCGUGAAACCAAACAAA